AAAACGUAACACACAAUGGUCCUCGAACGCCUCGCACAGAUGGCCUCCCAUCUCGGCCACGCAACAACUGCCCAUCCUCUGGACCCUCUAUCGACAGAAGAAAUCGCCGCCGCAGUCGCCAUUGUCAAGAAAGAAUGGCCGGACGUGCACUUCAAUGCCGUUACGUUGCAGGAACCACGAAAAGCAGACUUGCAGAAAUGGCUAUCGAAUCCUGAGACUAACCCUAGACCUCAUCGGGUGGCGGAUGUUGUUGCUAUUGGGAGAGGGAGUAAGGUAUUUGAUGGACUGGUCGACUUGAAGGAGAGUAGGAUUGUCAAAUGGGAGCUCACGGAGGGUGUUCAGCCAAUGAUCACCAUGGAGGACCUCCAGAUUGUUGAGAGUGUGGUGAGGAAGGAUCCCAAGGUCAUUGAGCAGUGCGGUAUUUUGGGUAUACCAGCAACGGAUAUGCACAAAGUCUACUGCGAUCCUUGGACAAUCGGCUACGAUCAUCGCUGGGGUUCGACCGUGCGGUUACAGCAGGCUCUGAUGUACUACCGACCGCACGUCGACGAUUCUCAGUACACCUACCCACUCGACUUCUGCCCCAUCUACAACGCCGACACGCAGGAGAUCAUUCACAUCGAUGUGCCAGAAGUCCGAAGACCAUUGAACAUUGCGGCGCCCACCAACUACCACGCCGAAGCUCUGAAGAAAGAAUUCCGAACCGAUCUCAAACCAAUCAACAUCACCCAACCCGAAGGUGUCUCGUUCAAGGCGGAGGGACGGACGCUCAAAUGGCAGAAUUGGAGCGUGCAUGUGGGCUUCAACGCAAGGGAGGGUCUGGUGCUGUCAAACAUCACCUUCAACGACAAGGGUAAUGUCAGACCUGUGUUCUGGCGCUUGUCGCUCGCGGAGAUGGUCGUGCCGUAUGGUAACCCGGAUCACCCUCACCAGAGGAAGCACGCCUUGGACAUCGGCGAAUAUGGAUGCGGUCUCAUGUCCAAUUCACUUUCUCUGGGCUGCGACUGCAAGGGCUCCAUCAUGUACAUGGACGCAGCAUUCGUCACCAAGUCGGGCGAGCCUCAGGUCAUCAAGAACGCCGUCUGCAUCCACGAAGAGGACGCCGGCAUUCUGUUCAAGCACACAGAUUUCCGAGACGAGUCAUGUACCGUCACACGGGCGAGGAAGUUCAUCAUCAGCCAGAUCUUCACUGCGGCCAACUACGAGUAUUGCAUUUACUGGAUCUUCCACCAAGACGGCACAAUCCAACUGGAAGUCAAAUUAACCGGAAUCCUCAACACCUACGCCCUCGCACCCGGCGAGUCCGCCGCUCCGUAUGGAACAGAAGUCUACCCCGGCGUCAACGCCCACAAUCACCAGCAUCUCUUCUGUCUACGUAUCGACCCGAGCAUCGACGGCCACGACAACACCAUCUUCCAAGUCGACGCCGUGGCUGCCGAUGCCGCAGUGGGAAGCGCUGAGAACCCUUACGGAAAUGCUUUCUACGCCAAGAAGACGAAGAUCGAGACCAUGGGCGAGGCGGCGUGCGAUUACAAUGGCGCUACCAGCCGGACUUGGGAUUUGGCUAAUACGAACAAGUUGAAUCCGUAUAGCAAGAAGCCGGUUGCGUACAAACUUGUUAGCAGAGAAGUGCCGCCUUUGUUGCCGAAGGAGGGCAGCUUGGUGUGGAAGCGGGCCGGUUUUGCUAGGCAUGCUGUUCAUGUCACUCGCUACUCGGACGACCAAGUUCAUCCCGCCGGCAAACAUGUCCCGCAGACAUCAGGCGAGCCGUCGCAGGGUAUUCCCGCUUGGAUCGAAGCAGAGCCGACCGCCAGCCUUGACAACACGGACGUCGUUUUGUGGCAUACAUUUGGCUUGACCCACUUUCCGUCGCCCGAGGACUAUCCGUUGAUGCCCGCCGAGCCUUGCUCCGUACUUCUGCGACCACGCAACUUCUUCACGCAGAACCCGUGCAUGGACGUGCCGCCUUCAUAUUCCAGCACUCCCAGUCAGAUGGCGGCUGGCAAGAGCGGUAUUCGUGGAGUGGUGGAUAACUUUAGUCGAUUGGCGUUUGGCGGAGCGCAGGAAAGAGGUGGAAGCAAUGACGCUUGCUGCAAGUGA